AUGCCCACAUGCAAUAGUUGUUCUGUUAACAUAACAACUGCCCUUUCCAUAACAUGCAAUGAUUGCAAUUUGACCUGGCAUGCAAAGUGUCAAAAGUUAUCUAAGGAUGAUGUGGAUUAUCUUAAUGAAGCUGAUACUAUUUGGAGAUAUCAAAAAUGUUCUAACGUUAAAAGAGCUUCUCUUCGACUAGAAAAUAAUGUCAACUCAGGAAAUGUCGAUUUAUCCGAAAUAAAAGAAAUAAUUCUUCAACUUAGAGAUAGUUUUCAAAAUUUCAAGGAUGAUACUGGCAACAACUUUGAUAAUCUAAACUCUAAGUUUAGCGCUAUUGAUAGUAUCAUUACAGAAAACAAAAUACUAAAAACUCAAAUAAUUCUACUAGAAAACAAAAUUGAAUCUAUUGAACGCCGCCAAAUUGCCAAUGAUAUAAUUAUUGAUGGAGUACCCGAAAAUAAAUCAGAAAACUGCUCAUUACUUAUUCAAAAAAUCGGUAAGGAACUAAAUUUAAAUAUAAACACCACUAUGAUCAACGAUUGUCAUAGAAUUGGUUUCUACCGUAAUAACGUACGUCCUAGAAGAAUAAUAGUUAGUUUUAUGAACCACCAAGAUAAAAUAAACAUAUUAAAAGCUCGCCAAGUAGCAAGAAAAUUCUACAAAAAUAUAGAUAUGCUACCAGAAAACCCUAUAUACAUAAGAGAAAACCUAACUACUAAAGGCAAUAAGCUUUUCAAAGAAGCCAGAGACUUUAGAAAACAAUUCAACUUCCAAUUUGUCUGGACAAAAAAUGGCCUUAUAUUUCUACGUAAAAAUGAAACGGAGAAAAUUAUAUGUGUCGACAAUGAAGAUACAAUCCACACCCUCAAAUCACAAAAUGAACAUUUAAACUCAAAAAACUAA